AUGCCUCACGCCGUGUCGCCAGGGAACGAGCAGCCAGACAGCCAGGAAGAUGUCCAGCUUCCCGACGCUCCUGUUGAAGCAGGCGCAGAGAACACCAAUGACGGCGACGUGGACAUGACCGACGAUGCACCCAAAACCUCAACAGCAUCGAACGGCCUUGAGAAUAUGUUCGACGACGACGAUGAUGACGAUGACGAAUUCUCUUCGAGUGCGACGAGACCAGACGCCAGCUCACAGCCACAACUCCCACCACAAUCAGCUCCCAAAUCGAAGUUCGCAGAGCCCGAAACGCUGAAACAAUACUACUCACGAUUAUGCCCUUUCCGACCUCUUUUCCAAUGGCUCAAUCAUGCCGCCACACCACAGCCUGAUUUCCAGAACCGAGAGUUCUCGUUUUGGCUGCCAGAGAACAGAGUCAUCCGAUAUCUCUCCUUCCCAUCUGCAGAUCUGCUGCGGAAACAAUGUGUGCAAAUGGCGCCGGAGCGGUUCGAAAUUGGACCUCAAUACAACAUCAACCCUAAGGACCGCAAGUCUCUGAAAACUGCCUCGAAAUUCAAACCCGUCAUGAAAGAGCUAGUGUUCGAUAUCGAUAUGACAGAUUACGAUCCGAUCCGUACAUGCUGUACAGGCGCAAAAAUCUGUCACAAGUGCUGGAGAUUCAUAGUCAUGGCAAUCAAAGUCAUAGAUACUGCUUUGCGGGAGGACUUUGGGUUCCAGCAUAUCAUGUGGGUCUACUCUGGCCGAAGAGGAGCUCACGCGUGGGUGAGCGACAAGCGUGCACGGGAAAUGGAUGACAGCAAGCGCAAAGCCGUGGCUGGCUACCUGGAGGUUCUCAAAGGCAACGAAAACUCCAAGAGAACGCUGAGGCGGCGGCCACUGCAUCCGCACGUGGAGCGGAGUUUGGAUCUGCUCACGCCUUACUUCAAGGAGGACAUUCUCGCAGAACAAGAUCCUUGGCAGGAGGAGGAGCGAAUAGCGAAGCUAUUGAGCUUGAUCCCGGACGAGAAGCUUACCACGGCACUGAAGAAGAAGUGGGACUCCUCUGCCGAUCGGUCUUCAUCGCAGAAGUGGUCAGACAUCGAUGCAUUGGCUGAAGCCGGAAGCCUGAGCACAUUGUCGACGAAGCAGCUUGUUGAGGCAAAGCAGGACAUCAGGAUCGAAUAUACUUAUCCCCGUCUCGAUGCUGAAGUGUCGAAGAAGCUCAACCACUUGCUCAAAUCGCCUUUCGUCAUCCAUCCUGGGACAGGCCGAGUUUGCGUGCCUAUCGAUAUGCGUCGCGUGGAAGAAUUUGACCCCUUUAAGGUUCCACUUGUGACAGAUCUGCUCGACGAGAUUGACCAAUGGGACAGAAACCAGGGCGCAAGCAUGACGGAGGAGCAGAGAGCGAACGUGCAAGACUGGCAGAAGACAAGCCUGAAGCCCUACGUGGAAUACUUCAGAGGGCAUGUGGCGAGCUUACUCAAGGAGGAAAGUAAAGGGAAACGGGAACGCGAAGAUGACAGUAUGGAAUUUUGA